CCUUCAGAAAUAGCUCAUAGUAAUGCAUACAAAACCAUAAAAUAAAGUGCAUUAGUAAUAAAAAGUGUUUUUCAUAUGGCUCCUCUGUAUUGCCUUCUUGUUUUCUUUGUACACACCUUCUCCAGGGAAGUUUAUUCUGCCAUUGAGAACCAAAGCAUAAGCUCCACACAAAUCAUCAAAGAUCCUGAAUUUAUUCUAUCAAAAAAUGGUACUUUUAAGCUUGGAUUCUUUAGCCCACCAAACUCGGCGAAUCGUUACGUAGGAAUUUGGUUCAACCAAGUUCCUGUGCAGACUGUUGUUUGGGUAGCCAACCGAGACAAACCCAUCACUGAUUCAUCUGGUGAACUGAAGAUUUCCGUGGACGGAAAUCUUCAGUUAACCAUGGGUCAGGAAACGAUCAUUUGGUCUACAAAUGUACCAAAUAUAACCAUAAAUAACUCUACUGCUCAGCUUCAGGAUACUGGGAACCUUGUUUUACUGCAGCAUAACUCAACUGAUGUACCAACAACAGUUUGGCAGAGUUUUGAGCAUCCUACAAAUACAUUCUUACCUGGUAUGAGACCAACAAUUUCAAACACUCCUAAUAACAAAAAAGUUAUGUUCCAAUCAUGGAAAAGCCCAUCCGAACCAUCGGAGGGGAACUUUUCGAUCGGUAUUGGUAUCACAGGCGGCGUUCCCCAGAUUUUCACAUGGAACAACGGUACGAAUUUUUGGCGGACCGGUCCAUGGGAUGGAAACAAUUUCAUUGGACUUCCGAACGUUGAUAGCACUUUGAAGGAUGGAUUUGUCCUUGAAAAAAAUGAUGACUUAGGAACACUUGACAUGUCAUUUGAUCCAGAAGAUGCCAAUUUUUUUUUCAACUAUGUGGUAGAUGUUAAUGGUACUAUCAUAGAACAGUACUGGGAUGCUGAUAGCAAGACUUGGACAGCAGGGUGGGUAGGUCCAUCAACUCCAUGUGAGGUUUAUGGAACGUGUGGGGCUUUUGGUUCUUGUGAUCAUGGCUCUGCAUCUUGCAGAUGCUUGAGAGGGUUUCGACCACGAAAUGAUCAGGAAUGGCGAAAGGGAAAUCAUAGCAGCGGGUGUGUGAGACGGACAAAGCUUCAAUGUAACAGUAGCACCCAAGGAAGCAACGAAGACAGUUUUUUAAGGCUACAGACGAUGAAAGUGCCUGAUAAUGUGGUGCAGAGAUCAGCAUUCAGUCAAGAUGGUUGCAGAAGUCAGUGUGUGUCCAACUGUUCAUGUUUAGCUUAUGCAUAUCAUUUGAAUAUCGGAUGUAUGAUAUGGACAGAAGAUUUGAUUGACACACAGGCAUUUUCCUCUGGUGGGGUGGACCUUUUCCUCCGGAUAGCUGCAUCAGAGCUAGAGGAAAGCAAAAGUCAUAAGAGGACUGCAAUUAUUACAUCUGUUACCAUCUUAGGCACAAUAGUAGCCGCUAUACUCAUUUUCUUCCUAUGGAGGCGGAUGAUACAUAGAGGAAAGAGCGAGAGAAUAUCGAACAGAUACAAGUUAAACGUUGGCCAACUUGAACUACAAGAGCCACCGCUUUAUACAUAUGAUUUAUUGAGAUACGCGACAGACAAUUUUGAUGAAAAUAACAAACUUGGAGAAGGUGGUUUCGGCCCAGUUUAUAAGGGGAUAUUGGCAAAUGGACAGGAGAUAGCAGUAAAAAGACUUUCAACAUCUUCCGGACAAGGCAUGGAAGAAUUUAUGACAGAAGUGAAGGUGAUCUCUAAACUUCAGCACAGAAAUCUUGUUAAACUUCUGGGCUGUUGUAUAGAAGGAGAUGAAAAAUUGUUAGUUUAUGAAUACAUGCCUAAUAAAAGCUUGGAUGCUUUUCUCUUCGAUCCCCUGCAUAGAGAACUUCUAUCCUGGGAGAAACGCUUCACUAUCAUUGAGGGCAUUUGUCGCGGGCUCUGCUACCUUCACAGGGAUUCCAGAUUAAGGAUUAUUCAUAGGGAUCUAAAACCUAGUAAUAUAUUGUUGGAUGAAGAUCUUAACCCUAAAAUUUCUGAUUUUGGCAUGGCACGAAUAUUUGGGGGAAACCAAGAUCAAGCUAACACCAGAAAAGUGGUUGGAACCUACGGUUACAUGUCCCCUGAAUAUACAAUGGGGCACUUCUCCGAGAAAUCUGAUGUCUACAGCUUUGGAGUCAUACUAUUAGAAAUUGUCAGUGGGAAAAGAAACUCCAACUUCCACCGUGAUGAGCAAUGUUUAACGCUAAUGGGAUAUGCAUGGAAAUUGUGGAAUGAGGGAAAUACGAUUGCAUUGAUUGAUCAAGUGAAUUUUGAUCCGCGCUUUCAGAAAAGCAUUCUAAGGUGCAUACAGAUAGCACUAUUAUGCGUCCAAGAACUUGGCAAAGACAGGCCAAACAUCUCAACUGUUAUAUCCAUGCUUGAUACAGAUACAGAACAGCUACCACACCCCAGAAAACCUCCAUUUACCGAAUGGGAGACUUCUUCAGAGGACCAAAGCAGCUCCAUCCUCAGCGGUUCCACCAACACUUAUUCCACUACAAUCAUACAGGGUCGGUGACAAGAACUCUCGAAUAUAGCAGUCAGAGAAAAAUUAAUCAGUGCCCUGUUUGUAAGUCUAGCAUAGUCCAUAGGUGUGAUGCGCUUUUUGAAGUAGAUCAACUUUGUAUACAUUAAACAGUAAAUAUGAAGUUCUACAUGUGAAAUUUCUCUUGAAUAACUUACAGUAUGGAUUGGAUUUGACAUUCAUCUUUAUGGUGAUUCUCUACUUAUUGUUUCUUGGA